AAUAUUAAAUGCAUUUUCUGACCUUCGUUCGAAUUAAAUUAUUGUUUUAUGUACUUUUCCACCGAUUAAGAUCAACGGAAAAUGUUUGGAAAUUAUUUUAGAUACUUUUUUGAUAAAUUUAAAAUGACGCCAAAUAUAACGCCCACAGAGAAUGGGAUUCCACAAAUUGUUGUAUUAGAUGGUGGAUUUUCAACUCAGUUAUGUUGUCAUAUUGGUGAAAUUGUUGACGGUGAUCCAUUAUGGAGUGCACGAUUUUUAGCAACACAUCCAGAAGAAGUUAUUAAUACACAUUUAGACUUUUUAAGAGCUGGUGCUGACGUAAUAAUGACUAACACAUAUCAAGCAAGUAUCGGUGGGUUCGUACAGUAUUUAAAUAUGACACCUGAAGAUAGUUUAGAAUUAAUUAAAAAUGCUGUAAAUUUAGCAAAAACAGCGUGUGAUCAAUUUAUGGAAGAAUAUCCUGAUCCAGAUAGAUCUCGUCCAUUAAUUGUUGGAUCAGUUGGUCCAUAUGGUGCUUCAUUACACGAUGGAUCUGAAUAUAGUGGAAGUUAUGCGGAUCAAGUAACAAAACAGCAACUUAGAGAAUGGCAUAUACCUAGAAUUGAAGCAUUAAUUGAAUCCGGUGUAGAUUUAUUGGGUAUUGAAACUAUUCCAUGUGGUAAAGAAGCCGAAGUUCUUGUAGAAUUAAUCAAAGAAUAUCCACAUAUUAAAGCAUGGCUAUCUUUUAGUUGUAAAGAUGGUGCAAUUGCAAAUGGAGAUAAUUUCCACAAAACUGUACGUAAAUGUUACGAUUCAAAUCCACAACAAUUAGUAGCAGUAGGUAUAAACUGUUUAGGCCCAAAAUAUGUUGAACCAUUAAUAAAAGGAUUAAAUAAAGGACGGGAAAAUAGACCAAUACCUAUAAUUGUUUAUCCAAAUAGUGGUGAAAAUUAUAAUCCAGAAAGUGGCUGGAUUGAUCGAGAAAAAUGUGAACCAGUCGAAGGUUACAUAAAACAUUGGCUAGAUUUAGGAGUUACUUGGAUAGGAGGUUGCUGUAGAACUUACGCAUCAGAUGUAAGUCGUAUACGAAAUGAAGUCCAAAAAUGGAGUCAUGAGCAAAAAUUUAAUUCUGAUUUUAAAAAUAAUGUUUAAAGAAUUUCAUGAAAAAAUUUGUACAAAAUAUUUUGUAAUUAUUGUGCCAUAAAUUACCAUAAACACUGUA